GGUCCGGCCCCCGAGCAGUUGGGGGCGGUGCCCCUCGCCGAGCUCUGGUCCCGGCGCGGGCGGGAAGGCGUCGGUGCAGGUAGCUCCGCCGGCCCCGGGGCCACCGCGGCAGGAUGCAGGUGCCCGGGCCCCGCCGCCUGGUCCUGCUCGCCGCCUGCCUGGGGCUCUGCGGGGCGCUCGGAGCAUCUUUUUAUGGUGAAAGCUAUGUGGAGCUCAACAACAUAGAAGUUUCCUCUGAGCUAUCUCUUCAAUUAAAAUUUCAAACCAGCAAACCGCAGGGGUUACUUUUUCUUGCAGCUGGGAAAAAUGACUAUUGCAUAAUAGAACUUCUAUCAGGAAACCUAUGGGUGAGAAUAAAUUUGGGCACAGGUGAACAAGUGCUCUUCCCUGAGGAAAGACUUCGUGUGGAUGACUUGGUUUGGCAUUUGGUGGAACUGUAUUAUACUAAGGACAGUGUUUUCUUGGUUGUUGACAAACAUUAUGAGACAAGUGGCCAAAUGGCUGGUGGGAUGCAUAAUUUUAACUUUCAACAUGGAAUCUACAUAGGAGGCCAUGGGGGACUCAAUGUCCCUUACCUAGAUGGAAAGGUCCCCAACUUCCGAGGCUGUAUGGAAGAUGUGGUAUUUAACGGUAGGGAGGUCCUUACGUCCCUUAGAUCUUACCCUGGUUUUAAGAAAGUUUAUGAGGUAUCACUAGGAUGCAGCGAAGAGUUUUUCUCGGGGGAGAAUGAAGCCAUCAAUUUCUUUAGCUCUAGAUCCUAUGUUACCUUUCCAGAAUGGAAGGUGCAAGGGGGAGGGAUAUUGGAAUUUGCUUUGCAAACUGAAACUCAGCAAGCCUUGCUUUUAUUUCAGUCAGGUAAGGAUGGAGAUUUUGUUGCCUUGGAAAUACACGAAGGUCGGUUGAAGGCUCACAUAGGAAGGAAUAAAAGUAAAACUGAGCUUUCUUCUUCCCUCUUAAUUAGUGACACCAAAUGGCACACUGUUCAACUUCAGGUCAUGGGAGGGCAUUUGGACCUCAUGGUAGAUGAGCAGCGGGUAAGGACAUUGCUGCCUUUGCAAAGUGAUCCAUCUGCAUCAGAAGGCCCCCUUUUUGUAGGAGGUCUUAAUAACCAAAUGUGGGAAGAAGCAAAGACGUUAGACCUUGCCUCUGUGCCUAGGAAAUCUGCUCGAGGAAUCUCUUUGAAAGGCUGCUUACAAGGCUUGGAAGUGAACUCACAGAAGAAAGCAUUAAAAGAUGCCUUAGUUUCCAAAGAUAUUUCUGCUGGGUGCAAAAUCAAGAGUAUUAGUAAUGCAAAUCCUUCGGCUACAACACUGGCAAAUCUGCCUCAGUCAGAGGCUUUCCUUUCCACCAUAGUCCCUGGCACUGUCAAGCCCUUUCUUCAAGAACUAAGUAGUUCUUUUUUGGUUUUGAGUAGCUUGGAGGUUCAAGAAGGUGGACGAGCCCUACUGGAACAAAAGCAUAUGAAGGUGAAUAUGGAAUUUAAGGAUUUGGUUUUCAAUUAUUCUCAAAUACUGUUUAAAAUAGAGGAAAUGCCUGUUCAUGGGUUCCUUCAAUUAGACGUUUCAUCCGAGCAAGAAAUGGCAAAGGCGUUUACUAUGUUAGAUUUGUGGCAAGGAAAAGUGUGGUAUGUCCAUGAUGGUUCAGAAGAACCUAUGGAUUACUUCACAUUUUUGUUCUCUUCUAACAGCAAGAAGGAAAUGCCAUUAUAUCUGCAGGACCAUGACCCAUAUGUGUUUAACAUUAAUGUCAUUCCUGUGAAUGACCCCCCAUAUCUUAAACUCCCAGAAGGAAACAUGCUUCUCGUGUUUGAGAACUCUAAGAAACAACUGAGCCCAAAUAUAAUACAGGUGUCAGACCCUGACACAGAUUCUUUGAAUCUUAGUUUUUCGGUUCUUGGAAGCUUCAAUUCAGAUACUGGGUUUUUAGAAAAUGCCAAUGAACCCGGGAGAGCCAUUCAUGGCUUCAAAUACGCUGAUUUAAGAGAUGGCAAUAUUUUCUUCGUGCACCGUGGGCUUCGAAACUCUCGAAUUGUCCUGAGAGCAAGUGAUGGGGAGCUGACUAGCAAUACAGCGGUGUUACGGGUCCUGGCUGUUCCUUGGGACUUUGAAGUGGCCCAUAGGACCGGUGUGGUUGUACCACAGGGUGGCACUGUUCUGAUUACACGGAGUAAUCUGUCAGUGGAAGUCAAUGGUGAACAUCAUGAAAUGGAGACUCUCUAUGAUAUCACUCAUCCUCCUCAGUUUGGCCAGAUUCAGCGUUGGGGGUCACAUGGGGAAUGGAAACAAGUUAGCAGCUUUUCUCAGCAUUCCAUCAAUAAGAAUCGGGUCCGGUACUACAGUACAUCCAAAGAACUACAGCAGAGAAAUGUUACGGAUCACUUUAAAUUUAGAGUUAACAUAGAAGGAAAAGUCAGCAAAGAGCUUAUAUUUCCUGUGACUGUACAAUGGCUGAAAUUUAAACUUGUGAAAAAUGUUCCUCUGGAGAUCAGUACCAUGAGUAAGGAAGUAUUGAAUUCUGAUCAUUUACAGGCUGCAACAGAGGGUGUGGAAGUAGCAGAGAGGGAAAUACAUUUUAAGUUACUGACUCCACCUAAGAAAGGAAAAUUGCUAUUUGACAAUAAAGUUCUAAAAACAAACUCAAUCUUCAGCCAAAAAAAUAUUACAGACUCUCAGAUAAGUUAUGAGCCUCAGCAGAGGCCGAGGGAAGAUUCACAGGAUACUUUUAAAUUUUUAAUUGUUGCAAAACACAUAGAAUCAAAAGUUUAUAUUUUCAGAAUGCUCUUGAAAGCAAACAAGACACGACUUAUUCUAACAAACAGAGGAUUGCUUGUAAAAGAAGGAGAAGGGAAAUUGAUUACAAAAUCAGAAUUAUUUAUUCAAACCUGGGACAAUCAGAUCUUCCAAUAUAAAGUCACCAAGAGUCCUCAGCAUGGGAGGCUGAAAUUGAUUAGCUUUUCAGAUACCCUGCAAAGUAAUGACAGUAUCACUACAUUCACUGAUCAGGACAUAGUGGGUGAGCGGCUGAUGUAUAUUCAUGAUGACUCUGAGACCCAGAGCGAUGAGUUCUCUGUUGUGGUAUCUCCAGGCCAAGAGGGAGUGGUCAAAGAUUUUGACUUGGAGCAUUUAUCUACAGAGAUCAAAGUCAACAUUUCUGUUGAGUUAAAAAAUGAUGAAUGGCCAGUACGUGUGGUAGAUAAGGUAUUUCAUGUUGUGCGGAAUGGCCAGCGCUUAUUGACCCUGGCAGAUCUCUGCUACCAUGACCCUGACUUAGAUUUUAACGAUGGACAGUUGCUGUACACCCGGCGGGGCAUCCCAAAUGGGGAUUUGGUGCGAGCUGACAACCCCACUGAAAAACUCUACCAGUUCACACAGGAAGACCUGCAGGAAGGACGUGUGCUCUUCAGACAUCACGGUGCAGAUUCUGCCCGUUUUGUGCUGUUUGUGACAGAUGGCGUUCAUCACACUUCAUCCCUACUUGAGGUCAUUGUAUCAGAGCCCUCUGUUCAGAUAGCAAACAACACAGGGCUUCUUGUACAGAGAGGAAAAGACAGCUGCCUCACAGCAGCUAACCUGAGUGUUACCACAAACCAAGAUGUCCGAACAGACCUCGAGGUUGAAUUCUACAUUGUGUGGCCCCCGAAGCACGGCAGAAUCCUGGUCAACAAUUCUGUGUCCUCAUCGUUUUCCCAACAUGACUUGAAGCAAGGACAUGUGACUUACAGGCACGAUGGCAGUGGCGACGCUGACAUGUUCAACUUGACAGUGAAAAUUAAAGAUACAGACUUAGAAGUGGGGCUCUGUGUUCAAGUAGAGUUGGAAGAUCAUCACCAUCAUAGUGACGUUUGGCACAGAAGGACCCUGAUAGUUGAAGAAGGAAAACCAGUAAAACUGAGCAGAGGAAAGCUCCAGGCUGGAAAUGAAUACAGUAUUCCUUCAGAGGCAGUGUUCAGAGUCAGAACUCCACCGAUGCAUGGAUACCUCCAAAAGUCUACACCUGAAGAAGGCAGCUUGAGUCCUGAUGAAAAGUUCCCUUUGAAUUUUACACAGCAGGAUGUUGAUGAUGGCAAUAUCCUUUAUGUGCAGACAGCUCCUGCCCAAAAGCAGGACCAUUUUUUCCUAGAUGUGAUAAAUGGCUCCCAAGUUGUAAGUGAAGUGGAAAUCCUGUUGGAUAUUGUCCCUAAGUUGAUUCCUCUGGAGGUUCAGAAUUUUACAGUUCAAGAAGGUGGUUCCAAAGCACUUCUAGAAGAUGACCUCAAAAUUCCAAGCAAAUAUUUUGAAGGACUUGACUGUGAAUUUGUUCUUCUUGAACCACCAAAGCAUGGUUAUGUUGAAAACUCUCAUUUUCCAAGAGUAAAGCUAAUGAAAUUUACCAGGAAACAGGUGGAAAAUGAGUCGAUUUUCUACGUUCAUGAUGAUAGCGAGACGCUGCUUGACAAUUUUACCAUCUUUGCAAAUAGCUCAGAGCUUGGAAAACAAAGUCUGCCCCAAACUCUUUUUGUGACUGUUGAACCUGUAAAUGAUGAAGCUCCAGUAAUAACAGCCAAUAAAGUCCUCCAGGUGUGGUUAAACUCUGUCACUGAGAUAAGCAGAGGCAACCUCUGUGCGGAAGAUGGGGACUCCUCCCUGGAGGAUCUAGUCUACUGGGUCACUCCACCCAGCAAUGGGCAUCUGGCCCUGAAGUCCUCUCCUGGCCAAAGCAUCCAGAACUUCACCCAGGCUCAGAUUAAUGAGGGCCUGGUAGUGUUUGCACAUUCUGGUGCAAUGUCAGGAGGCUUUUAUUUUCAGGUUACUGAUGGCUUGAACUUUGCACCCCAACAAAUCUUUAGCAUCAUGGCUCAAGCUCUGAUCAUUAGCCUAGAAGUAAACAGAGGACUGAGGCUCUUUCCAGGCUCCGUGAAGGCCCUUUCAUCUCAGGACCUGAGGGCUGUGACCAAUGAUGUGUACAGCUCAGGAAACAGAACUGUGACUUUUAGAGUUCUAAGUUCCCCUAGACUUGGGAGGUUGCUGAGAAUGAACUCUGACAACAGCACGGAGGAUGUUUCCAUUUUUACCCAGCAUCUGGUCAGUGAAGGGUUGAUACUGUACCAGCAUAUAGAUCAUGAGAACGCUGCCUGGACUGUGGAAGACUCUUUUACAUUCACGGCAUCCUCUCCGCCUGCAGCAGUUCUAGGCCCUGAGGAGUUCUCUAUUACCAUUUCAUAUGAAAUUAAUGAGCCUGGUCGGCACAGCCAUCUGCUUGCAAAUACAGGAGCUACUGUCAAGGAGGGAGACAAAGUUCUAAUUGACCCAUCUAAGUUAGAUGCUUCCAAUCUCUUAUUUAAAUUACCCAAAUCUCAGCGCUCUUCCUAUGAAGUUUGGUUCCAGGUUACGUCUCUUCCUCACCAUGGAACCAUUAUGGUUGGAGAAAGAAAUGUUACCACAGAAAAACCUAAUUUCUCCCAGUUCAUCAUUAAUAAAUUUGGGGUGACAUACCUUCACGAUAACUCUGAAUCACUGGCUGAUAGUUUUACCUUUGCUGUUUGGCCAAACAAAAAAAGCAAAUCUGCCACCAAGCCAGAGGCUGGUUUCUUUGAAGAGUUGUUUAACAUCACCAUCACUCCUGUGAAUGACCAGGCACCGGAAUUAAAGACGAAAGGACUUCGAUUGCAAGUGCUGCAGGGCAGUAGAUUGGUUGUGGGACCUGAAAUCCUGAAAGUGGAGGAUCCAGACAGUCCUCCAGAUGAGAUCAAAUACAUGAUCAUCCGUAGUCCUGGUAAUGGCUUUUUGGCAAUGGCUAACCAUUCACCUGUACCUUGUCACCAAUUUACACAAGCUGACAUUGAUAACUGUCAGGUGUGGUUCAUACAAGACGGAAGUCCAUCCUCUGGCAUGUUUUACUUCAGUGUGACUGAUGGCAAACACCGUCCUCUCUACAAGCUCUUUCACCUGGAUGUCAUCCCCAUCUCCAUCACCCUUGUGAACCUCACUGACCUACGUUUCCCACAAGGCCAGACAACUGUCUCCAUCACCAAUGCACACCUGUCAGCAAUUACUAACGGAAGGAGCCCCCAGAUCAUGUACAGGAUUACAAGGCCCCUCCAACAUGGGCACCUGCUGAUGGGAAACCAGGUGGUCACCAGCUUUGGCCAAGAGGAUUUGGACUCAGGAAGACUGUCUUACCAUAUGACAAACCUCACAGCCUCAGAGGACCAGCUGCAGUUCUCGCUGUUCACAUCAGAGAGCAACCUGACAGGGCAAACACUGGGCAUCAGAGUGCAGCCUCGGCUGCGGGUUAUGUCUAAGCUGAAAGUCACCAGUGGUGUGGCUCAUCAGCUGAGAAGAAAGGACCUUGAUGCUAGUGAACUUGCUAAUAUGACUAACAGUGAUCCCAAAUUUGAGGUAACAGAACCCCCUGUCCACGGAAGACUUGUACGAAGAGUGGUUCGCAGCACCAUGAUGGAAGACGCCACGCGGUUCACUCAGAAGGAUGUUGACCAGGGACUGUUGGUGCUUGAUGUGCAUGCGAAUCUCACUGGCACUGAUGUGCUGAAUGACUCCUUCACAUUCCUGCUCAGGGCAGAGCACGUACAGCCAGCGAUAGGUUGUCUCCCCUUCACCGUAGUGCCACCUGACCCCUUACUUUUGCCAACUUUCACACCAGAUGUUCCUUUAGUUACUGGAGAGCACCUUGUGACCUCAGUUUUCUCACCGAAACAGCCUGUAGUUUCUUCAGGAUUCACAACACAAACAGAAACCCAGGAGAGGCUGACCCAGACCAGAUGGCAGGGGGCAGAUUCCUGGGGACAACGCAGUGGUGCAGAGCCAGAUGUGGAUGGCACGAUCUCUCCCAUGGGGGUCAUGUGGCCACCAGCUGCCACCAAAGUCAGCCCUGGAGCACCCACUCAGCCUAGAGGGGGCAGUUACCCUCUGAUGGUCAUCAUACCCUUGGCUGUGGUGUUCCUCCUGCUGAUAGUAAUUUCUGUGACUUUGUGUAUCUGGCUGCUGGGCCGGAAAGAAGAAAAGCCAAACCCACUUAUUAACCCCCACAGCAACCUAGAACCCACAACCCCAAGUUGUAAGUCAGGAGGAAGCAUAACUAUUCCAUCUGUCACAGUGACGCCCCUUAUCCAAAGUUCCAGCAGCCCCCCUGCUAGUCUUUUCAAGGCCCUAGAGUGUGAGGAAAUGCUGCCCACAACGGUUGAACCAGUAGGAAAAUGUGCUCCUUGGGAGACCUGGGUAAACCUGGAUCCCGACAUGGUGAAGCUUUGCCGACAAACCAACCCCAUGCUGAAACACAACCAGUACUGGGUGUAGAUGGAGGGCUGGUGCUUCUAUUGCCUGCCUAUUUUAUAUAAGUGCUGGAAUAGGCACUGGGAAAUAAUGGCGAUAAAAAAGAAGUAUUGGUUGAAUUUUUUAAAAAAAGGGUGGCCAUGGUCGCCCCUCAGUGCUCAGGUAUAGCUCCAGAUUAGAUGUUGGCAGUGUUCACUGUAACCUUUGUAUAGCUCUUGUGAGCCUUCCACAGUCGGCCUUCUUCCAUGAAUGCCUUCUUCUGGACUGCACUUCUGCAGUACAUACAUUUUUGUUGAUAUUUAAACCCCUUUCUAAGGUGCUUCUGAAUGUUCGCCCCACUGUGAAUAGCAGCAAUUACAUGGGAUAUAGAAUUAAGGAAGGGCUUAGACAUAUUUUAUUGACAGUUCACUUCUGAGUGAGUCAGCAGGAAGAGUAGAAACUAUCUCAGCAGUAGGAGAGGAAAUUUAUCACAUCAGUGUGUUCGUUUAUGUAAUGUUUGUCUGUGAUGUCUUUUCUCCCUUAGAGUCCCUAGGUUUAGUUUCCAACACAGGAAAUGCCUUCUUGAUAGCAGGACAGUUAGCUCGUCCUGGAAGAUAUUCACUGGACAAACAGUAAUGCCUCAGUUUGGUUCACAAACAAAGCAUCUGGCAAAAUUUUGCUUCUGCAAACUCCACACUGGAUGACAAACACAGCCGUGGGCACCUUCCUCACACAAACACAAACGCAGCCAUCUUCCCCCAAAACAUAAAACAAAUUAAUUACAUAAGCCAGGGUACCACUACAUUGCGUUUCAUCAAGAAGCUUUAUUCUGAUUUGUAAAAUCAAACUUGGCAUACCAAGAAUAUUUAAAACAUUACAUGAUAGAACUUUUGUUAAAUGCUUUUUGAUGUCUCAAUUUGGUUUUAUUUUACAACAAAUUGAAUUAAAGCCCGAUUUGUAUUUGAAUUGUCUCAUUUCACCCAGCAUUACCAAUUCCAGCAUCAGUGUCUGUAAUUAUAAAAUGAGGAUAUUAGUACUUAACGUUAAGAAAGCUUUGGGCUGCAAAUCAUAAGACAUCUAUAAGUGGUUUAAGUUAGGGACUAGCAAAGUUUUUCUGGAAAGAGUAACAUGAUAAAGAUGUUAAGUUUUGUGGGCCACUUAGGGUCUCUGUUAUUCAUUCUUCUUAUUUUCUUUAAUAAUCUUUUAAAAAUGUAAAAGCAAUUUUUAUUCCUUGAAUUUGGCCUGUGGACUAUAGUUUGCCAGUCUUUGGUUUAGGCAAUAAAAGUGUUGAAUUAUCUCAGUGAGCAUUGUGAAGGUGGGAGUUCCAGUGCUGGUUGAGCAGUUCAAGGUUGUCAGCAAAGACCGACACCCUUGCUCUCCUUGCUUCACAAACUUCCUCGAGCUGUAGCUCUGCAUUCUUUUGUUCAACUCCCUGUGAUGUGAGUUGUGAUUGGCAACAAAGCUCCAAACAGUACAGCCACGUUCAAAGCAGAAAUUGCAGUGAAGGAAAGAAAGAUAGGCCAAAAGUGACUUUUUCUUUGAGAGACUCUUGUUUCAUUAUUAUGACUAUACUUUUAUUUUAUAAAGUUAAUUUCUCCCUCCACUGUUUUUCAUUGUUUGGAACUGGGCAAUGUGAUUCCUAUCCCUCAACCAAUCAAUGGCAGAGGCAAAUGGAAUUCUUAUGGGUGAUAAUCUCUUCCAGGGCCAAGAGGAGUCUAUGACAGCAGACACCAAUGGAUCAGUCCUCUGUGUAAUUAGGGAAAAAUGAAGGAAUAGCAAUUAGACAGGCUAAUUAAUUUAAGGUCUAUUAAAAUAUGCCUCGGGUGUUGAAAUACUUGGGAAACGUC